UCUUUACUGCUUUUCAUAACAUAAAGCGUUACAUAUCAAUGCUACGGUCAAUUCAGUCAGACCUUUGGCACAGCAGCUCAAUAAAAGGAGCGUUCUGAGAUGCAGAACAACCACGGCUGAGAAACUUCUGCUGCAGAGACACUUAUUUGAUUUCAGAUAUAUACAGUAUAUAUUUUUUAAAAUGUGGCUCUUAAUUAUCCUGAUCUUGUUGGUUAUUUGGGCUGGUGGCACCUACUGGUACCUGUUUGGUAAAGGAAGUCCUUUCUCGCUGGAGUCGGUGAGACCCCCAGGACCUCGUGAGUUUGACCAGAAGAAGAGGGACAAAGUCAUCAAGCAAGGUUUCAGCGUCGACAAAGUGCCCCAGAACCUGGAUGCGAUCGUGAUCGGUAGUGGAAUCGGUGGACUGACAGCUGGAGCCACACUGGCCAAGGCUGGAAAGAAAGUUCUGGUUCUYGAACAGCACGACCAGGCCGGAGGCUGCUGCCACACUUACAUAGAAAAAGGCUUUGAGUUUGACGUCGGUCUUCACUACAUUGGCCAGGUCCAUGAGAACAGUUUGCUACGAGUCGUCUUCGACCAGAUCACAGAGGGCCAGCUGGAGUUCCAGAAGCUGAAUCAACACUUCGACACCAUCCAGAUCGGUCUGGGCGACGAGAAACGGGAAUACACCAUUCUCUCUGGGAAAAACGAGAUGAAAACUCACUUAAUAAAACAAUUCCCUGCUGAGGAGGAGGCCAUCGAGACGUUCUUCAAAAUCAUGAAGAUUUCAGCUAAGAAAACUCAUUAUUUGGCGUCUCUGAAGCUGAUCCCUCAGUGGGUCUCUUUGUUCCUGCUGAAGUCGGGAAUCGCAGAUCUUGUCUCUCCGGUUUUCCGCCUCUCGGGGACAUGUGCAACAGAUUUCAUGAACACACUGACCAAAAACAAAGAUCUGCAGAUUCUCUUUUCUUACCUCUUCUACGGAGUUCCUCCUAAAGAAUCUAGCCUUCUGAUCAACGCCCUCCUGAUUCAUCACUACAAACGAGGCGCAUACUACCCUAAAGGAGGCGCCAGCGAGAUCGCUUUCCACAUCAUCCGCACGAUUCAGAGACAUGGAGGCAACUGCUUGGUCAGAGCUCCCGUCUCGCAGAUCCUGGUGAACGACAAGGGAGCGGCUUACGGUGUGAAGGUGAGGAAAGGUCAGGAGGAGGUCGAGGUUCACGCACCUGUAGUGGUUUCCAACUGUGGCAUCUUCACCACCUUCCAGAAGCUCCUCCCACCUGAGAUACGGGCCAAACCAGAUGUUCAGAAACGACUGAGCUCGAUGAAACACGGCAGGGGAUCCUUCUUGGUCUUCUGUGGCCUCGAUGGGACCGAGGAGGAACUGGGCCUGGUGUCCACCAACUUCUGGCUGUUCAAAGACAACGACAUGGAUAAAUCGAUGGAAGAGUUCUUUGCUUUGAGUAAAGAAGACGCUCCAGAUAACAUCCCCAUGAUGUUCAUCACAGUCCCAUCUGCCAAAGACCCUGAGGCCAAACUGAGGCACCCAGGUAAAUCCUGCAUGACAAUCCUGACCAUGGUCAAGUACGAGUGGUUUGAAGAGUGGAAGGACACCACGGUGCGCAGGAGGGGUGACGAGUACUAUGACUACAAAAUGAGAUUUGCCAAGAACCUCUUUGCCUGGGCCUGCACCGUGUUCCCUAAAAUUAAAGACAAGCUGGUUUUCCAGGACGUGGCGAGCCCGCUGACCAACAUGCACUACCUGGGAGCUCAGCGUGGAGCCAUGUACUCUGCAGAACAUAACCUGGAACGGUUCUACGCAGAGGCCGUAGCCAAGAACCGGUGCAGCACCCCCGUUAAAAACCUCUACAUCUCAGGUCAGGACGUGUUCAGCUGUGGGAUAGCAGGAGCUCUACAUGGAGGACUCCUCUGCGCCUCCACAGUGUUGGAUCAUAUCAUCUACAUCGACUUGUUCCUCCUCAAAAAGAAGCUGAAGAGGAGGAAAGCCAGGGAGCAGGCCCAGAUGGACCAGAAGAAACUGCACUGAGUUCAGCUCGCUGCUCCCCCUGCAGGACAACAGUGGAACUUCACAUUAAUGGUGCAGCAGGAAGAUCUCCUGUUAACAUUAUUAUUAUUAUUAUUAUUAUUAUGACCAGAUUUCCUCAGUUUAAGUAAACAAACUUUGCUGUAACCCUGUUAAAAACUAUUAAACUAUUUUUGUUAUGAA